AUGACAGGUGAUAUUUUCAAUACGAUAUCUCUUAUACUCUCAACACUGAGUAUAAUCAUUCUCUUUAGGAAUUGGCAAAAGUCUACGAACAGCAACAACAAUAACCAACAAUCACAUGAUCACAACAACCAAAAUAAACUGCAACUAGAUCAACUGAAUCAACAACUUAAAAAACAAAAUAUACCAAUUAAACAAACAAAUGAUAAUGAUAAUGAUUUAACAUCUUUAUCAUCACCUGAAUCACCUCAACCAUUAAAACAACAACAACAACAACAACAACAUUGUAACUGUUGUAGUAAGAAAGAGCAACAACAACAAUUUAAUACAAGUUUCAUUCCAAGUGAUAUCUCAUUAUAUAGUGGUAAUUUCAAUUUCGGUGGUAUAACGGAUUCACCACAGAACCAACGCGUCUCACAACUGCAGAGUGACGAUGUUUCAUCGACGAAAUCAUCACCUACACUAUCGGGAUACUCAAGUUCCGACGAGGAUUGCAACUCACCACAACUCGCCAAAGCAUUCCUCUCACCACUCAACUUUACCACCGGUCCAAAAUACUUUAAUAACAACAAGAAGAACCAGUCCUACUACGUCAGUACCUAUUACUCUAGUUGCGAGAUACCCGACUAUGAAUCAUCAUCGAUGAACGAUCUCGAUGAAGAAGACGAAACACUCUCAUCAGACUCUAGAAAAUCAUUAAAGAAAAAGAAAUCAUGUAUAUUACCUCAAAUUUUACAAUUAAAAUGGAAGAAUCCAGCAAAAAAAGUAUUGGUUAUUCACAAGAAUUGUGAUGGCGAAGUGUUGGAAGCUGCCAAGACGUUGGUGAAAUACUUGGUAUCGAAGGAUGUCACCACAUUUUUGGAAUCAGAGAAUAUCAAUGAAAUACCAACUGCCCAAUCGCUAGAGGAAGUCAAAGAUCCAUACUCUAUCGAUUUUAUCAUAUCGAUGGGUGGUGACGGUACAGUUCUUCAUACAUCGUCACUCUUCAAAACUUAUAUUCCACCAAUUCUACCUUUUAAUAUGGGAUCGCUUGGUUUUCUUACAUCGUUUGACUAUGCAAAUUAUAAAGAACAUAUAAAUAGAGUUAUCGAAGGAAAAUGCUUUGUUUCUUACAGACUGAGGUUAUCGUGUACAGUUAUUUCUGGUACUACAUAUAAAACUUAUCAAGUGUUGAAUGAAGUUGCAAUCGAUAGAGGAAACAAUCCAUAUCUAUCGAAUUUAGAAUGUUUCUGUGAUGAUAAGCUGAUAACGAUGGUUCAGGCCGAUGGUGUUAUUAUUGCGACCUCAACUGGCUCGACAGCGUACUCACUCUCUGCCGGAGGUUCCCUUGUACAUCCAACGAUACCUGCCAUGCUAAUCACUCCGAUCUGUCCACAUACUCUUUCAUUUCGUCCGAUUAUACUGCCUUCGACAUCGACACUUGCCAUCAGAGUGUCAGAGGGCAGCAGAAACACUGCAUGGGUAUCAUUCGAUGGUAAGAGCAGACAAGAGAUAAAACAAGGUGACUCCGUUAUAAUAAGAACUUCUAAAUGGGCUGUUCCUGAUGAAAGUAAUGAAUGGUUUGAAAAAUUGGCAAACAAUCUAAAUUGGAAUGUUAGAAUGGUUCAAAAGAACUUCUCUCCUUAA